GUUAAAGAAAAUCUCAGGCAGUCAGCUGUUUGUCCUUUAUGUAAUAUCUGUAUUCUGUUGUAACUAAAAAACCAAAUAAAAUUAAAAUAUGUCACAAAUUUAUAGAAAAACUAUUUCUGUCAUGGACAAAUUUGUUCCUGGAAAACUACAACCCUUAUGGCAACACCCAGCAGGUCCAAAAACUGUUUUUUUCUGGGCACCACUAUUUAAAUGGGGUUUAGUAUUGGCAGGCAUAGCUGACCUAAGUAGACCAGCAGAAACAAUAAGUCCCGCUCAAACGGUUGCACUAGCUGCCACUGGUGUUAUAUGGUCUAGAUACUCACUAGUAAUCAUUCCUAAAAAUUACAGUUUAUUUAGUGUAAACGUUUUUGUAGCGGGAACUCAGCUCUUCCAGCUAUAUAGGGCAGUAAGUUACCAAAUGAAUGAAGGCAAGAAAACAUCUUCCUAAAGAAAUGUUAUGUGGCAAUAGAUCUUCCAGAACUGUGAUUUAAAAUACGAAUUCUACUAUAACUUUUUAUGUUGAGGCAAAAGGGAAGUGUAACAAUGAUCUUACAGGAUAUAGGAUCUAAUAAAUAUUUUUACCAAUACUAAAUUACAUAUUUUUAUGUAAAUAAUAUACGUAUACAGUUCUCGUUUAUAUUGUUAUAAAAAAGUGUAUUUUAUUGAUGGGAAGGAAUAAUAUAUUUUAGCAGAAA